UAACAUGGCUCCUGUAUUUUAUCUUGUAUUCUCUGAUUGUCUGUCAAAUUAAAUUUCUUUCUCUAAGUGCGUGGUGCAAUUAUUUUUGAUACCCGUGAUUUUUUGGAUCUUCACAAACGAGAAAACGAAUUAGUAUAAAGAAAACUACAUCAACAUGAGUGACGAUUAUUUGAGUAAACCUCUUUCAUUCGGAUCUUCUCCAUCAUUCCCAUCUCAACAGAUUCAACCUCUUUCACCGUAUCUUAAUUAUGAUCCUCGAUACCUACAAUCUCAGCCCGAGUUUAUAUUUCCCGAGGGAGCCUCCAAACAACGGGGCAGAUUUGAACUAGCUUUUUCACAAAUUGGAUCAUCUGCUAUGAUUGGCGCUAGUAUUGGCGGUGUUGCUGGUUUAUACAACGGAAUGCGCGCGACUGCAUUAGCCAAUCAGACCGGCAAGCUGCGACGAACACAGCUUCUCAAUCACGUCAUGAAACAAGGUGCCGCAACGGCAAAUACUCUCGGUACACUAGCAGUUAUGUACUCGGCCUUUGGUGUACUACUCCAGUGGUCACGCGGCGAAGAUGAUGAAAUAAACACUAUAACAGCUGGGGCAGCAACGGGUUUGCUUUACAAAUCAACGGCAGGAUUGAGAAAAUGUGCAAUCGGCGGAGGUAUCGGCCUAGCCCUGAGCUCUCUUUACGUUUUGUGGGGUGUUACCGGUGGGAGCUCGAAAAAACUAAGAGAACUUAAAUCGCAGUACUUGUAACUUCCUGGAGACCAACUACAACGCAAAAUUUAGGUUUGUAAAGUAUGUUAAUAAUAAAAUCUGAGCAAUCGCAAUUAAACUCAAUAGAAGAGAAAGAGGAAA